CCGGGUGCGCCGCGAUGUCGCUGCCGCCGGGCGUCCCGGCGGGGUCCCUGCCCCUCGGCCGCCUCGGGGAGCCGCUGCUGCGGCGGCUCAGCGCCCUGCUGGACCGCGCCGCGCCGGGCAAGGGCUGGAGGGACCUGGCGCAGCGGGCGGGGACCCACGGCAGGGUCCGGCUCAGUUGUCUGGAUUUGGAACAAUGCUCUCUCAAAGUCCUGGAGCCAGAAGGAAGCCCGAGCUGGAGUCUUCUGAGACUAAUGGGUGAAAGGGGCUGCACUGUGCUGGAGUUGGUGGAAUUCUUGCAGGCCCUGGAACACACAGAGGCUCUCCAGUGCCUUAAUCCCCCAGGUAUAAAGAUUGUUGUACAACCAGACCCUAUGGCAGUAUUAUCUGGCCAGAUAGUUAAGCUGUGCUGUUGGGCAACUGGGCACCCAUUUGUGCAUUAUCAGUGGUUCAAACAGGAAAAAGAGGUUCCACGUGGGAAUUCCCCUGAGCUGGUUUUUAAUCCUGUGAAUGCAAGUGAUUCUGGGUUUUACAUCUGUCGAGUGAACAGCGAUGCUUCUUUUGCAUUCAGUCGGUGGGCACAGCUGGAUGUCUGUGAUCUCCAAGGAGCAUCUUAUGGAAGCUGGGCCGGUUUGCCUGAAAACAAGAUCCACAUCUGCAUUCAUCCUCAGUCACAAAGCCUGACCGUGGGGGACACGUUGGUUUUAGAGUGUGGUGCUAUUGGAAAACCAAUUCCUCGUUACCAGUGGUUCAGAAAUGGCGAUCCACUGACAAACGGGAACAAAAAAGUGUACAUGGUCUCUUGUGUGGACGUAGAUCAUCGAGGGACCUAUUGGUGCCGUGUAUUUAAUGACCAAGACAAUCAAGAAAGCAGGAAGAUAGACGUUAUAGUAGAAAGAAAAGCUAUGCCUGUGGAGUGCACCGAAGAAGAGCUAAGUGGUCUUGGAAAGCCUGUUGUUCAAGAACCGUCAUGUGGCAGGCCUUCUGCAAUAGACAAGGUAGCACUGUUGAUCGGAAAUAUGAGCUACUGGAAUCACCCCCAGCUGAAGGCUCCAAUGGUAGAUGUAUAUGAAUUGACCAACUUGCUAAGGCAGCUGGAUUUCAAAGUUGUUUCUCUGCUAGAUCUCACUGAAUCUGAGAUGCGGAAUGCAGUGAAUGAGUUUUUACUUCUAUUGGACAAAGGAGUGUAUGGUUUAUUAUAUUAUGCUGGCCAUGGCUAUGAAAACUAUGGGAACAGUUUCAUGGUCCCUAUUGAUGCUCCAAAUCCCUACCGGUCUGCCAACUGUUUGUGUGUACAGAAUAUCCUCAAACUGAUGCAAGAAAAAGAGACUGGCCUCAAUGUGUUUUUACUGGAUAUGUGUCGAAAAAGAAAUGAAUAUGAUGAUACCAUUCUGAUCUUGGAUGCCCUGAAGGUUACAGCUAAUAUUGUUUUUGGAUAUGCAACAUGCCAAGGAGCAGAAGCAUUUGAAAUUCAGCAUUCUGGCUUGGCUAAUGGGAUUUUCAUGAAGUUCUUGAAGGAGCGUUUGUUAGAAGACAAGAAGAUUACUGUUCUACUUGAUGAGGUUGCCGAAGAUAUGGGCAAGUGUCACCUUACCAAAGGCAAGCAGGCUUUGGAGAUUCGCAGCAGUUUAUCCGAGAAGAGAGCGUUAACUGAUCCCAUUCAGCAAACGGUGUCUUCUGCAGAGUCCCUGGCACGCAACCUCCAGUGGGCCAAAGCACAUGAACUUCCAGAAAGCAUGUACCUUGAAUUUAAAUGUGGCGUUCAAAUUCAGCUGGGGUUUGCAGCAGAAUUUUCCAAUGUCAUGAUAAUCUACACAAGAAUAGUAAAGAAACCCCCUGAAAUAAUUGUUUGCAAAGCCUACGUUACAGACUUCCCACUUGACUUGGAUGUGGAUCCCAAAGAGGCAAAUAAGGGAACGCCUGAAGAAACUGGCAGCUAUUUAGUAUCCAAAGACCUGCCUAAACACUGCCUUUACACUAGACUAAGUUCACUGCAGAAACUAAAGGAACACUUGAUCUUCACAGUUUGUCUGCACUACGAGUAUCCAGGAAUAGAAGAGACAAUGGAUGAAAGGAAGGAGGUUAAUGUUGGAAAACCUCUAAUUGCUAAAUUAGGCAUUCAUCAUGGAUUCAAGAAAAAUAGCUGCCUGCAGACAUGUUGCAAGGCAAAUGAUCCUUUCCAUAACCAAGCAACCAGCACAGUUGCACCUGAAUUCUACGUCUCUUCUAGUCGCCAUCAUCCAAAUUCCUACCCGGCUGUUUACCAGACAAACCCUGCUCAUCUGGACAGUGCUACUCACUUGGAGGCAUGCGCUUGCAAUGUAUCUUUGAAUGUGCAAAAGCCGAGAAAAGAAAUGAGGAAUUACUUAUCCCACUUAACAAAUGGUAACAUGCCGGUAGAGACAACUGAUGACACAGUCGAACUGGGAUUCCAUUUCUCCAACAGCCUUGGGUUUGCUCAGCAGCACUAGCCAAGGUCUUGGUAGAACAUACAGGAGCAGUAUUCCUGGCUUGGGGGUGCCAGUACUACUUGUAUAUGCCCUUGCAUAGGUGGUACAAGAGAUUGAAAGUUGGGUGUGGUUUAUUUUAUUCUCUCCCAGAAAACAUUUACGAUCCAGAGAGUCAAGUCUGAAACAUAAAUUCCCUUCUUCAUUUCUGAAUAUUUCAUCAGCAUGAAAGCCCAGUGUGGAUGAAUCCUGGGAAGAUGAGGGGGAGGACCCAUAGGCACUAACUGGUAGGCCUGCUGUGACUGGCCAAAACUUGCCAGUGAGCAAAAGAACAGAGCAGCAAGUGUGCUGUGGUUGGAGGAUGCUGCGUGCUUCUGAUACCAAAGGUUCUCUUUUGAAUGCUCAGGCAUGGCUUUCCCUAGCUGUUCAAUCCAAUCUACAAGGAUUGUCCUUUUUAAUAAAACUAAGCUCUGUAUGUAUACUUUAUAAAAUUAAAAUGGUCUGUUAGUCACAAAGUGAUAGUGGAUGUUUCCUUCCUGCAGCAUCAGGUGAGUUUGACAUUCCAAUUUCCUCCUUAUUUGAAAAACGGGAUAUUUAAUUUCAUAAAGUAAAUACAAGCAGGGCGUAUAGGCAUGCAUCAUCCUGUGGAACCUAGGAUCUUUGGAGUAAUUGAUACCUAACAUAAAUGAGCUGAGGGAGAAGGGUGUUUCCAUGGCAAUGCGAGAACAGUAAAUGACUUUGUAUUCUUGUUCUAAAAAUCACAAGGAAGUCUGCAUUUCAGUAUCCUUUCUCAUCUACGUAAAUCCAGUCAAUGUGAAUGCGUGAGGCUCCCACGCACUUGGGUGCCACUAAUAAGUAGAUGUUACCUCAAGUGCACGUGUUCUUUUCUGUUGAAUCAGCCUGCCGUGUUGGCAAGGUACAUGCCCAGUGCCUGGUAGAAAUUAGCAGAGGGUUGAAGAGCAGUCAGCCUAGGAAAGGUAGAAGGCAUGCUGGUAGGAGGAAAGGAAUCACUAAUUAUUAAGAGCAAUGGGCCACAAAGUCUGUGAGACGGUAUGAAGCCGGAAGAUCCUGCUGGUGCCUCACAACACACCAUAAGAAUGGUGAGAAACUCUUUCCCCUUUGGGUCUGAUCUCUUGAAGCUCUCCCAAAGUGUUAA